AAGUGUUGGCUAAAAACCAGAUUACAAACUAUAUCUCUAUCGAUAGUAAUCCUUUUAACUCUAUCCAGCUAAAUGAACCUACGGUUGUUAUUCGUAAUGCAACCAUUUCUCCUGGAAUUUCCGCCACUUCGUAUUUACAAAUUGAGAAGUUGCAGGAAUUACUCAUUAGCCGAAAGAAUGAUAUCGAUGAUUUAUUAAAAUUGCAACCUGUAUAUGCUAUAGGAAUUGAUUUUCAUAAUGAUUCUAUCAGUCCAUGUAUUUCUUGCUGGGUUGCUAAACCGUUAGACAAUUCAAUUUUGGAAUGUCUUGAAGCUAUGUUUGAGAAUCAAUUUGAAGCUAUAUACCAAAUAUCGAUUCCUGAUAAAACUUCUGAUGCAAUCGUUAUUACUGCUGAUCAGAAGAAUUAUCAAAAAUUUACCAUAGCUACUGAUCUUCGGGCUAAAUUUUCUCCACUUGACCUGGAGUAUGAGAUCAAUGUAUAUCAAUGCACAACAGGAAAAAUGCUUAGUAAAGAUUUACCAUUUUUUCAAAGGCGCGGUCAUGGAUAUUUCCUUGAUUCUGUUGAAGUUUGUGUUUCUCCAAUUCCAUAUAUACUUAAUACUACGAAUAAUUUGUUUAUGAAAUUAGGCACUUCAUAUCCGCAGCAGUUAAAUCGAACUGUUGAAAUUUCAAAUUGUCGCGAACGAAGCUUUGAAGGAAAAAUUGGUGGACCAAACAUUUCAGCAAAAUGUGGUAUAAAAAGUUUUACAGAUACUAAAUAUACAUCUAAUGAGUGGACAUUGAAUUAUUGUAGUGAUCAUACUACUGGGGAUAUUUGGUCAUAUCGGUACGCUGAUAACCUUGAAAACGAAAGAAACUGCAGAACUAGUUAUUAUCCUGGUUACCAUUCCGCCAAGUGGGAAACCAAGGAAACUAUGAAGGGAUUUUGUAUUACUAUUACUCAAGUAGUACGCUAUAGGAUUUCCAUAUGGGAUAAAGUAAUCCCACAAAAACCAGAAUUUAUAACAUGCCCUGUUAUUGCUCAUAAUCUUAAAAUAUCCUUUAAUAAUUUUAAGGACUUUAAUACAAACUUUGCAAAGAUAGCAAGGUUUAAUAGAGCUAAAUAA